AUGGGUUGCCCCAAGCGUAGGGCGGACACCGACGUAGCACAACAUCCGCUUCAGCCUAUUAGUUUUUGCAAUGUGGCAUAUAAGGUGCUAACCAAAGUUCUUGCAAAUCGGUUGAGUGAGGUUAUUCACCAUCUCAAGUCGAAAAAACGAGGGUGCAGGUAUGGGAUGGUGGUGAAAUUAGAUAUGAGUAAAGCAUACGACAGUGUGGAGUGGCAUUUUAUUGAGGUUGUGAUGCGGAGAAUGGGUUUCAGUGAAAUUUGGAUUGGGUGGAUUCUGGAAUGUAUUUCCAGUGUUUCUUUUUCAGUCUUAAUUAAUGGGGAGAAGCAUGGAUAUAUAGUGCCAUCACGGGGUUUACGACAGGACGAUACAUUGAUUUUCUCUAAAGCUACGGAUGGGGAGACAGAUUCUAUUCAGGUUAUUCCGAGGGAUUAUGGGUUGACUUCGGGGCAAGUCAUUAACUUUGAUAAAUCCGCAAUAUUCUUUAGCACGAACACUCCUGGUGAUAUAAGGCAGCAAAUUUGUCACAAACUGGGGGUUAGAAGGGAUGCGGCAUUGGGUAAUUAUGUGAGACUACCAACAGAUAUUGGUAGGUCAAAAAAAGCGGUGUUUGCGUAUGUAAAGGAUGCUCUUGUUUCUCGGAUUGAGGGAUGGUCUGAAUCAAUCGGGACGUGA